AUGAUCCUAAACAGAGGUCUGAUUAUGGGAGCCCUCACCCUGACCACCAUGAUGAGCACCUGUGGAGGUGAAGACAUUGUGGCUGACCACUUGGGCUCCUACGGCACAAGACUCUACCAGUCUUAUGGCCCUUUUGGUCAGUUCACCCAUGAAUUUGAUGGAGAUGUGAUGUUCCAUGUGGACCUGGAGAAGAAGGAGACUGUGUGGCAGCUGCCUAUGUUUAGUGAGUUUGCAGGUUUUGACCCACAGGGUGCACUGAGAGAAGUGGCUACGGCAAAACACAAUUUGGACAUCUUGAUUAAACUCUCCAACUCUACUGCUGCUACCAAUGAGGUUCCUGAGGCGACUGUGUUUCCCAAGUCUCCUGUGAUGCUGGGCCAGCCCAACACCCUCAUCUGUCUUGUGGACAACAUCUGCCCUCCUGUGAUCAAUGUCACAUGGUUGAGGAAUAGGCACUCAGAAGGUGUUUCUGAGACCAGUUUCCUCCCCAAGAAUGAUCAUUCCUUCUUCAAGAUCAGUUACCUCACCUUCCUCCCCUCUGCUGAUGAUAUUUAUGAUUGCAAGGUGGAGCACUGGGGCCUGGAUGAGCCAUCUCUGAAACACUGGGAACCUGACAUUCCAACUCCUAUGUCAGAGCUGAACGAGAUUGUGGUCUGUGCCCUGGGGUUGGCUGUGGGCCUUGUGGGCAUCGUGGUGGGCUCCAUCCUCAUCAUCUGA